AUGUACGAAGAGCACGGGCAAGUUUCGCAGCUCAAAGAAUUUCUGAGCUUGACUUACAUCUACCCAGGCAGCCACGCAAAUUGGAUAGAGAGAGAGAAGAAAGAGCGCGCCGAAGAGCGUCAAGGGAGCAUCGAAAGCGGAAUCUAUCGGCAGCUAGCACAAGAGGUUUGGCGCCUCGAGCACGAGCCUCUUCUCCGCCCCAACGAGAACAGCUGCGGCCACAGCAAGCUCGCUCUCUUCAUCUUCCUCUACCUGAACCCCCUGUCGCUGAACCAUCGCGCCGCGGAGUUCGUCGCGCUGCUCGCGAUCCUUCUCCCAACGAGCGGCGCGGCCGCGCUCGCGCUCGCGCGCUUUUAUCCCCAGGGCCAUUACGCGGCGUCCUUCGGCCUUGGGGGCGUCGCCCUUGUCAUCCUCUUGGCCAUGCAGCGGCUGUACCUCACCGUAGCGGAGAGAGUUCCGAGGCGACGGUUCCUGGGACACCCGCGGCGCUCGUGCAGCUUCACCGGCCCCCUGAGCUACUUCGCCAACACCCAGAAGAGCAAGCUUCUAAAGGAGAUUCCUGUCAGAUACCGGAUGCCGUGCGAAUUCCGUUCGUUCCGCUGA